AUGACAAUUCUGACAACCUACGUGUUCUGUUAUGUGCAGAGCUUUACCAUGUUUCACAAUAGCUCACAGAAAAAGUUCUGGACAUUCGACAAUGAAGAAAGUCUGAAACAACUGAGAUAUGAAGCCAACCAGAAAUAUUGCAACAAAAUGCUUACCAGUGGGAAGGUAAAAUGAUUUGUAGCAUGUUACAUUACAUGUGAUAAUGAGCCAGUGUUUCGUCUUUUCCACUACAACUUUGUGAUUAUAGUUGCUACCUGCUUCCAACGUUGUUGUCGUCUCCCAUCCUUUAUUUUAUCCCUUCCUUAAAAAAAGCCUGGGGUUAGUGACUCCUUGUUCCUGGAGGCUCACGAGGAGGACGUCCUCUUCAGGCACUAUGAGAAGAGACUGCUUGACUUCUGUAAUGCUUUCAAGCCUGUGAUGCCCAAGUCUGUUGUGGUAUGUAUUUUGUAAGGGUACACCUAAUCUCUCAUGGAAAUAUUCUGGGUGUAAACCGAGAGAAUCUGGCAGGACUGAAUGGGUUGCGUAGGAUAAGGCAGCCGUUGUUAUGGUGUUUGGGUUUUUCGUCACUGGUUGUUUGGACUGGUUAUUUGGACAAAUCACGAUUUCGCAGGUGUUGGCAUCUUAAGAAUUUCAGAAGGGGAGGGGACAUUCUGCCCAUAACUUGCAAAGAGAGAGGGUGGAGCUCCAUCUCUUCUCUUAACAUGUAUGGACCAGAACUUAAUCGAGCAGCUGACCAAUUAUGUGAGACUUUAGUUCUGGUUUAACGGAGAUUAGGGUACACCGUAAAUCAGACCUAACCGGUUUUAUGUAAGUGCUUAACAGUGCAAUUAUCUCAACAGGGUACAGCCAUCAUGUAUUUCCGGAGAUUUUACCUGAACAACUCACUAAUGGAAUACCACCCCAGAACAAUCAUGUGAGUAGUCAAGGGCUUGUUUUUGACUAGUCCUCCCAGUCUCUUAUAUUGAGAAAUACAGUAGAUAGGCUCCUCUGAGUACUCCUUUUCAGGUAGCUACACUUGAUUUCUGAACUCACUGUACAUAACCUCCAUGUUUCUCCUCCUCUCCUCACAUCUUUUCCUUCCUCUGCUCUUUCCUUCCCACCUCUUCCCUGGCUUACCUCUUUUUUCCCCUCGCUUUCAGGCUGACCUGUGCAUACCUGUCCUGUAAGGUGGAUGAGUUUAACGUGUCCAGCACCCAGUUUGUGGGGAAUCUUGUGCAAGAGAGUGCGGCCGGACAGGAGAGGGCUCUGGAGCAGAUCUUGGAGUAUGAGCUCCUUCUCAUUCAGCAGCUCAACUUCCACCUGGUGGUACACACCCCUUACAGACCGAUGGAGGGCCUGCUUAUAGACCUCAAGGUGGGUGGAUGGAGAUACUUACCAGAUCAAUGACGCUCAGUAGAGCUACAGCAGAUGAACAUAACCCAAUGGAGUGUGCUGCUGAGAUUUAAAGAGCCAUUUUGAAGACUUGUAGCUGUUAAUUCUGUAAGAAUAGAAAACCAAGCAGGUUAGGCUUCAGAUAACAGCCCUGUCUAUUGGUGACCUUUACCUCAGACAAGGUAUCCUCUUCUGGACAACCCAGAGUCUCUGAGGAAGAGUGCUGAUGACUUCCUGACUCGGGCCACCCUGACAGACACUGGCCUGCAGUUUCCCCCGUCUCAGAUCGCCAUGACGGCCAUCCUGAACAGUGCGUCGCGGGCCGGCCUCAGCAUGGAGAGGUAGGCCAGCACCAGGGCUCUUGUGUUCUAGACAAGAGCAAGGCCCCGUUUCAGGGGAUAUGGGCUGAAAUGGAACGAGGCCCUAACCAACAUGGCCUAGAGAAGUGACAACUAACAUACUUUCAUAGUGUAUUGUAGAGCAGGGUAGUAUUCUCAUGUUUUCAUUAAAUGCAGUAAUCAAUUAAGUUUGUUUUCCCCUUUCUUAUAGCUAUCUGACAGAAUGUUUGGGACUGAAGGAGGACAAAGAGACCCUCUCAAAGAUGUACGACGCGAUGAGACGUGAGUAUUUUUGCCUGCAUCGUUGCAUUUACCAAUUCCAACCACAAGGUGGCAAGCUUGAUCAAAGUUGUGACUGCACAUCAAAAUUCUACGAAUGCUGUUCAUGGUGUUGUUUCAUGGACAAUCAUUUUCUUUUUCACACAGGGAUAAAAACUCUCAUGAAAAAGUAUGAACUUCCGAAACAAGAUGAGGUUAACGCUUACAAAAUGAAGCUGGAGAGGGUCCAUGCUGACUUUGGCACAAACUCCAACAUGUAC